UUAUUUUCCAUUGCAACUUUUUCAGAUCCAUAUUUAGCAGCACGUUUAGAAAUACAUUACCCACAAUGCCCCGCUGCCGCCAGCAACAAGGAAGUGUCCAAAUCAACCUGUCCUUAGUCCAUAUUAAAGUGUGGGGAGCUACACGCUUACUGUCACUAACAUCUGGAGUCAUGGCAGGUAAUAUCCAGCAGCUCAACGAGUCGGUAGUGAUUCGCAGUCUCAGGCGCUUCAGAGACACAUAUUUGACAAACAGAGCUAAAGUUGUUAAAGACGAACUAGCGCCUGUCGUUGAAACGAAAGCAGAGCCACAACCCGGAUUUCUGGACAGUUCACCGGUGGAUGUUCAGUUCCUGAUUAUGACCUUUAUGUGUCCUGCGGAUAUCUGCUGUCUGGGAGCCACCAGUCGGUACUGGAGGGCCAUGGUUAAAGAUCCAUUACUGUGGAGGUACUUCCUGCUCAGGGACAUGCCACACUGGCCCUCCAUUGAUCAUGUGAGCAUGCCCCAACUGGAGUUUUUGGAUGCACCCCUCAUCAAUGAAGAGGAGAGCCUGGAUGAUAGAGAAGAGGAUGGCGACAGAGGGAUGGUUUCAACAUUUGACUACAUGUCAGAAUACCUGAAAGGCUGCCCAUCCUGCAGACAACAUUGGCUUCCUUCACGGCCGGCAUAUGAGGUCUUUACCUCCUUUAUUCAGUCUUUGGUGCCCUCUUCUGAACCACGCUAUGCGAUGUUUGGCCCUGGCAUGGAGCAGCUUGAUGUGUCUUUAGUCACAAGGCUCAUGAAUGCCCCUGAUGUGCUACCUGUGUCGGGCACUCCUCAGAGACAGAUAAAUGGAAUUGGUUCUGGGAUCAGUUACAUUUUCAACAACCAACACAAAUUAAAUAUCUUGACUCUGUACUCAACCAAUAGGGCAGAGAGGGAAAGAGCCAGAGUGCAGCAGCAGACUGUCAGUAAUAAACUGUUUACCUUAGAAGGAACAGAUGAAUCAGGAUGUCCAGUCUACAGCCCUGCGCCUCAGGUCCAGCAGGUGUGCCAGGUGGUGGAUGGUUUCAUCUAUGUAGCUAAUGCAGAGCUUGGGAGAGGUGGGGAAGAGUGUGAGGUGGCUCAGAUUCGGGCUGUGCUUAGCUCUGCCGAAAGUUCAGCAUCCAAGCCUCUGCUGGUGCUUUCCUGUGUCUCCAGAGACGACCCAGAAGAGGAUAGAAUAACUAACCUGCAAAAGGUCACCAGCAGAAACAGGGCCAGGUGUCGGACUCCCUGUGUUGACAUGGCAAAGAGACUUGAACUACCGCAACUGGCUAACCCCUGGAUGGUGCAGGAUACAGUGGCAGAAUCUCUGUCAGGUCUCCUGGAUGGCAUUUCCUGGUUGCUGAGAUGUUCUGGAGUCAAACUCUAUGGGGGUUAGUUAUCUAACUACUGCUGCUGCUGAUGAAUGGAAACAACAAACUGUAUUGCUGCAGCUUCCAGACAUACUACAGAUUUUCCUGAGUAAGGUAUGCUACAUGUGCAUGAAAUGUAGCGUUGCCUGUGGGACUUCAACUGCAACAGAUGUGAUGGGUUUCUAUUUGUUAUUGAACUGAGAGAAGAGAAAGAGCCUUAUGAAUGAGUCGUAGCAAAACCAGGGUUACACAUGAGACUUGGUUAGUUGAACACUAUAUUCUUUAGAGCAGAAGUGAAGUACAUCAUUUACUUGAAGUUACGGAAUAGUUGUUGUGGAUGAAGGAACACUGCUAGUGCAAUGCUAAAUAACAGACAGACAAAGAUAAACACACUCACCAGCAGAAUUAUAAAACCAAAUGGGAAAGAAACCUACACAUGUAAUAUAGGGAAUUGUUUUUAUAAAGAAAUACAAAUAUCACAAUAUAUUUUUCAAAUACCUGGAUAGUGAUAUUGUGGGGUUGAUUAAGUAGCUGAAAAAUGACAGCUUUUUACUGUAAUACAGCCUUAAAAAACAGAUGUUUUGCCCUUUUAUGAUAUCCAAAAUACAAAACAGAAUCUAGUCUGCACCAUAUCAUGACACAGUCCUAACUUUGGUCAGCUGCUAACUCAACAGGUGGCCAGCUGUUUGGUUUAAAAUGUGAUAGUGAUUGUACAUUUUUGACAUUACAUUUUUGUAUGAUUUAUUAAAGGCUCAUAAUGUAUUAAAGUUAAAAAUAUCUGCCAACAACCCUCCUGCAAAAAGCCAUACACCUGAAAAUAUGCCUUUUUAGGGCUAAACUGGAAUACAAGCAAUGAUAUGUAUGUGCUGUGUUUUAAAUGAUGUUGUUUAUAUUGCCAAAUACUUUUCCAAUUCAUGUGUUUUCAUGUUAUGUGUUGCACAAUUUUAAAAGGUUUCAGAUUUGUAUUCAUGUGUCAUGAGUCACACUUUCAGUCUUUGACAAUAUUGAUAACGUUAUUAAAUGUCUGUAAAAAAGU